CCAUCUACACAAUCCAUUUAUAUCCAAAAAAAUUCCUCACAAAAUACAAAGCAUAUUAGUAACUGAAAGGACUAACUAUAUAUCUAUUAAAUUAUCUUAUCAUAUUACUAUACACAGUGUAUUGUGAUGAAGAAACAUAAUCUCAAAAUUUGCAUUGCCACAACAGUGAGAGUAUUUGUGAUGCUAUCAUUAAUAUGUUGCACAAAUGUUGCAAUUAGCACAAACAACAAAAACAACCUUAAUCCGCUGAUUCUAGUACCAGGUAAUGGAGGGAACCAAUUAGAAGCAAAAUUAACCAAACAAUACAAAUCUUCUAGCUUAAUUUGUGAUCCAUGGUACCCACCUUUCAAGAAGAAAAAUGGUUGGUUUAGAUUAUGGUUUGAUUCAAGUGUCUUACUUGCUCCAUUCACUAAAUGUUUUGCUUCACGUAUGACUCUUUAUUAUGAUCAACAACUUGAUGAUUACUUUAAUGCCCCUGGUGUACAGACACGUGUCCCUCGCUUUGGUUCUACAUACUCUCUUCUUUAUCUUAAUCCUCGUCUUAAGCUUGUGACAGAGUACAUGGCAACCUUGGUAGAAUCAUUAGAACAGCUUGGUUACAUAGAUGGUGAAAAUCUGUUUGGGGCUCCUUAUGAUUUUCGAUACGGUCUAGCAGCACCAGGUCAUCCAUCUCGAGUAGGAUCCAAAUUCCUAGAUGACCUAAAGAAUUUGAUUGAAGAAGCGAGUAAUUCCAAUGGAGGGAAACCGGUAAUACUUGUGUCACAUAGUUUAGGAGGUUUAUUCGUUCUCGAACUCCUUAAUCGGAACCCUUCGUCUUGGCGCAAGAAAUUUAUUAAACAUUUUAUAGCUCUUUCUGCUCCGUGGGGAGGAACUGUUGAUAUAAUGUUCACUUUUGCAUCAGGAAAUACUUUGGGGGUGCCAUUAGUAAAUCCUUUGAUUGUAAGAAAUGAACAGAGAAGUUCUGAGAGUAACCUAUGGCUUAUGCCUAAUCCUAAGAUGUUUGAUGCUAAAAAAUCAUUAGUUACUACUCCGGAUAGAACCUAUUCAGCUCAUGAUAUGGUUGAUUUUCUUAAAGAUAUCGGUUUUCAAGAAGGGGUUUAUCCUUAUGAAACUCGCAUUUUACCUUUGAUGGCGAAAAUAGAAGCACCAGAAGUGAAUAUGACUUGUAUUGUAGGGAAGGGUGUGAAGACUCCGGAGGAAUUAAUUUAUAGGAACGGUGAUUUUGAUGAACCGCCAGAGUUCUCUUAUGGCGAUGGCGAUGGAACUGUGAAUAUGGUGAGCUUGUUAGCACUUGAGAAACUAUGGAAAGAUGAGAAAAAUCAGUAUUUGAAAGUGAUUAAGAUUGGUGGGGUGUCUCAUACUUCUAUAUUAAAAGAUAAAGUUGCACUUGAGGAAAUAAUUGGUGAGAUUAGUAGAAUUAAUUCUCAUGCUCAACUUGGUUUGAGCAAUCUUUCUUUGGCUACAUGGGAUGAGAAAUGAUCGCGGACAUGUAUAGUACCAAACGAAAAGCUAGUACUUGAUGCGAUGGAAUCAUAUAUCCAUUGUCAGCAAAUUUAAUUUUCGGUUGAGUUUUGUAUUGUCAUUUUACUUAUUGAUAUAGGGAUCAACUAUUAUGAUGUGAAUAUAUGAGACAAUUUUUUAA